ACUUCCGGUUACUCCGGAUGUGAAGACUCCUAAGCUCCUCCGCCGGCGGAGGGUCAAGGGGAAGGAUGGCCGGGAGGACGGCGCGGCUCGUGCUUCUAGCUGGGGCGGCCGCGCUGGCUUGCGGCUCCCAGGGCGACCGCGAGCCGGUCUACCGCGACUGCGUACUCCGAUGCGACCAGCGGAACUGCUCAGGGGACGCACUGAGGCACUUCCGGUCCCGCCAGCCAAUCUACAUGAGUUUAGCAGGCUGGACCUGUCAGGAUGACUGUAAGUAUGAGUGUAUGUGGGUCACCGUUGGCAUCUACCUCCAGGAAGGUCAUAAAGUGCCUCAGUUCCAUGGCAAGUGGCCCUUCUCCCGGUUCCUGUUCUUCCAAGAACCAGCUUCUGCUGCGGCCUCUUUCCUCAAUGGCCUGGCCAGCCUGGUGAUGCUCUGCCGCUACCGCGCCUUCGUGCCACCCUCCUCUCCCAUGUACCCCACCUGCAUGGCCUUUGCCUGGGUCUCCCUCAACGCUUGGUUCUGGUCCACGGUCUUCCACACCAGGGACACGGACCUCACAGAGAAAAUGGACUACUUCUGUGCCUCCACUGUCAUCCUGCACUCCAUCUACCUGUGCUGCGUCAGGACUGUGGGGCUGCAGCACCCGACUGUGGCCAGCGCCUUCCGGGUUUUCCUGCUGCUCCUGCUGACGGCGCACGUCUCCUACCUGGGCCUCGUCCACUUUGACUAUGGCUACAACCUGGCUGCCAAUGUGGCAAUUGGCCUGGUGAACUUGGUGUGGUGGCUGGCCUGGUGCCUGUGGAACCAGCAGCGGCUGCCUCACGUGCGCAAGUGCGUGGUGGUGGUCCUGCUGCUGCAGGGGCUGUCCCUGCUCGAACUGCUGGACUUCCCGCCUUUCUUCUGGGUCCUGGACGCCCACGCCAUCUGGCACAUCAGCACCAUCCCCGUCCAUGUGCUCUUUUUCAGCUUCCUGGAAGAGGACAGCCUGUACCUGCUGAAGGAGUCAAAGGCCAUAUUCAAGCUGGACUGAAGGCCCUGGGAGUGGGUCUGCCCUGCUGGGGGUUCUGCUCCCUCCCUGCCGGCUCCUCUCCUCCUCAGUCUUCGAGAUGACUUGUUUUUUGAACUUAGACAUCAAAGGUGUGGGCCCAGAAUCAUGCACUUUGCCCACCACCUUGCUCACCCCCACGUGGCCCUCACAGGCCUUGCAUCUGUCCGGGCCUGGCCUCAGGGGCUGGGGCUGGAGGAUGGGCAGUCCCUCCGGCUCCUGAGCUGAACUGGGCUGGGACUGUGUUAGCCCCACCGAGAGGACCACUGCCCCCUCUUCUCUGUCAGUCACCUCCUCACCCCCACCCCACCCCGCACUGCCUGGGUGGUUGCCAGAGCCGUGGUUCUAGCUGGGAGCCCAAGUACCAGGCCUGCCAGGGUACAGUGGGGUCCCCUUCUGUUACCCCCGUGCCCUCCUCCAGCGACCACUAGGUGGCACUAGACUCUUGCUCUUUGGCUGCCCACGUUGCCAGGCAGAUCUCACUCCUCCCAUGGGAUCCGAAGGGAACAAGCUGUUGGGAUUGGGGAGCAGUGUCACCCUGACUGGUGCGGUGACCAGACCCCCAGGAAGCCUCACACACUCCCCCUUUGGGGCCAGGACCCCAGAGAGCCCAGGACAGGAACCCCCGCUGGCCCGUGGUGCUGUUCUAGUUGGGAGCCUGCACACAAGCGUGUGUGUUGGGGGGUGUGGGCCAGACCGAGUGCGCAGGGACCGGCACAGGCCAGGGGCGUGUGGGGUGCGGGGUGGGACAGUGCGUGUGAGCCCUGGCCUGCUGCGUUGUGGAGCACGGGGAGAGGGCGUGAGUGGUGUUCAAGUGCGUGCAGUAGGGGCAGGCGGUUAGUGGGGGUUAGGGGAAUAUACGUGCAGUGAGUGUGAGACGAGUGUGAGUGCAGGUGAGUGUGCCACACGGCGAGGGGAGGUCGGAGCAAGAGGACGGAAUCAAGUCACCGUCAACAGCCGUUUACCGAGCGCCAGCACCGCACAGAGCCCCGGGCCGGCAGGAGCCAGGCUACCCCCGACAUCUGGCUGGGGACAUGGGCGUCUGGGCUGCGUGUGUGUCUGUGUGUUUAUCUGUUGCCCCCCCUUUUCAAACCACACAGGGCCCCCACACCCCUCAAAAUCACCCUCCAGAACCAGCCCUUUGGGAGGCAGAGGGAUGAGAGAAAUGGGGAUCCUCUGGCCCCUCCAGCCUCCCUGUCUCCUCCCCCCUCCGCCCAUGCCCAGCCUGGGGCCCUGGGGAGGGGACGGGGAGCCUGAGAGGCGGGGGGGAGCGGCUGACAGGGGCCAGGCUGUGCCUGCACCCCAGUAAAGGUGGCCCCUGCUCGCUGCUGGCAGUCCCUGCCCAUCCCUGCUACACAAGGAUGGAAUGUGGGGCUCAGGGAGCUUUCCUUCCAGAGGCGGCCUCUGACCGGAGACAGGGGUCUGGAUUCUCACCCCUUUCCCUGCCGCCUUGUCCCAUGCUGAGAGCAGGGACGCCGUGCUAGGCCUCCAGCCGCAGGGACUGGGGUGGCCCGUGUUAAUCUCUGAUCCUAAGAACUAUUUUAAGGUUGGAGGGUAGCAAAGGACAUUCUUAAUAAACCAAUUUUCAGCAUCACC